ACGAUGUUCGUGCAUUAUUAAGAUAAGUAUUUUGAUUUUUGAUGUGUGCUUAUCCAUGUUAAAAUUCUGCCUAACACACCUUGUUCUACUGUAUAUGGUAUAGACCAAAAUAAAGAGGCCGUUUAAGGCUCUGGAAGAUAAGAUUUCAGAUUUUACAGCUGUUCGAUCAGCAGCGUGGGAGUGAAGGUAUUUUCCACACUCAGGAUUAGAAUAUGCACACCCAGGUAUGCAAAUAAUUCAAGACGGAUGCGUGACAGCCGUUAUACAUGAGUGGUUUCAAAGGUAGGUGGAGUCAAUCAUUGCCCUUUUAAUCUCAGGUCAUCCAUGAGAAUGGCUGGUUGAUGUCUCAUUGCCAGCACAGCUUGGAACUGAGCACUGGUUGGAGAUCCGCUAGCUCACACUCACACAUAACGUUCAUGUUUUAAGUUCGACCUAGGAGGAGAGCUCUCUGAACCAACACAAGCAUGGCUGAGGAACGAGUGUAUUCAGAUUCUAGCAACCUUGCUUAUGACCUAUCUACUGCUGCUGCAGGUGAAGGGGAUGCCUCUCCGCUUGAUCCAUUAACCAUUUUUAAUCUCCUAGAGAAAGUGGCUGGGAUUGUCGACAGUGUGAAUGAAACUCAACAGAAAAUGGAGCUACAGCAACUGGAAAUAGAAAACACCGUUAAAGAGAUACAAAUCGAUGUUGCAAAACUUAAUAAGGCUCAUUUGGCCACAGAUAACACGGUCGCAAAGUUGCUAGUGAAAACCCAAAAGAUCAACGCCAAUGUUAAAGAUGUGAGACAGCGACUGGAUAAAACCAAUGCUCAGGUCAAAAAAGUUGAAGGAAAUCACCGUGAGCUGCUCAAAAGGAAUAAAUUUCGGGUGGUUAUAUUCCAGGAAGAAAAUGAAAUGCCUUCUUCUGUCACGUAUAAAAAACUUCCAAACGAGGGGAAUGCAGCGGCAUCUGAAGAACACAGUUCAAAAACAGCCACACCACCGCCAGACCUCUCCUCUGACGAAGAGUUUGUUUAUGAAGAUGGAACUGCAGCUGCACGCCUCAAGAAAUCGGGAAUGAAGGGAGUGGAUAAUAUCAAGAAAGUUUUCUCAAGAGAAAAUAUGCAAAAAACCAAGCAAAACUUAGGGAAGCAGAUGAAUCGGCUGAGCGCAACUAUAGUCCCCCCAGACCAGAGAGAGAAGAUAAGGAUUUCUGGAGAGAGGAUCAAAAAGUCCAUUGUCGAUUCAAAACCUUUUCAUAUGAAGAAGAAAAAUGAAAGAAGUGGGGCAGAAGGGCAAGAGGUUGCCAUCAAAAGUGUGGGAGAAAGUUCCAAAGGCGAGGGCACUGGUCCAGAAGCGGCAACUAAUAUUAACGCUGCAGCAGCUGCUGAGGUUAGUGAAGACAGCCUCCCAAGCAUGGGUCUACAUGUCGCCAAUACAGAGAUGGUCGUUGUAACAAUGGAAGCAAAGGGUGAAGAAGCAGUGCCUGCAGUGGCAGAGGGGAAGCGGAGUCCUGAGUUUAGUUAAGCACAGACUUAAAGCUGCGCUACUUAAUAGUGGCAGAGACUGCCACGCCUGUGAUGGCAAUACAUCCCUAAAAUGAGUUGUGCUUCCAUUCAAAUGUUACUGGUUUAAUUACUUAGAUUCUUUAUUUAAUUUGGCCUUUUUUUUAAAUGAAGCAUUGGUGUCAUGUACAAAGUCAGUCCUCCCAUGUGCAUCCUGCUAGCAGGUUGACUGGACCUCAGAUGACCGUGGAUCAGUCUUCUGCAUUUUUUUCUGAUAGUUGUAGAAGUGGAAUUACAAAGGAUUGACAGGAAGUUUACAACCUAAAAUAAAUUAGUAAAUUCUGGGAUUUUAAUUUUUUUAUUUUCAAGUGGUCUUUGAAGAAGAACAGCAUCAAUUAAUCUUGUAUUUUUAUCUUAAAUUUAUUUUUGAAUAGGACUAUUAAGUAAUGCAGCUUUAAUUCUUGUAGUCUCUCAGCUUCUGAUACAUUGUGUAACAUGGAUCAUUUUGUCGACACAUGCCAUGCCAUUGCAAGAAGAGAUUUAGAAAGUCUUGCUUCCCUCUUAUUUAUGGUAAUCAAAACACUAAGUAAUCAAGGCUCAGGAUUGAAAACGAGAAGCAAAAUGAUCAGGUGUUGAAUAUUAGGAAAAUUAUAGCAUAUAAAUGUAGAAUUCAUCUAUAAAAUUUGUCAGCAUUCAUCAUAUUCCAUCCCACAGGGAAUGUAAUCAAAUUGCUGCAUGGCUUAGAAAUAUAUUACUACAAUAUAAAUAUAUUUCAAAAGCCAGUUACAUAAAUAGAAUCAAAGCAAUUCAAGUACGUAUUUUAUUAUGGGUACUUUACAAAUAUUCAUUUUUUAAACGCAAGUAUUUAGCUGACUUGAGCAUGUUUUUGAAGUGUGCAUCCUGUGUAAUCACCAUGGUAACAUUAGUUAGUUUUAAAAUUGAAUUAGAAGUGUUGCAGUACAUGUAGAAUGGUGUGAUUUAGUAUAAUAUCCUUUGUGUACCUUUCAUGUUGUCUUUCACGUGGAUGUGCAAAUGGUGUCAGAGUUAUGUGUUUAUCUUUUUGGAGGGUAGGAUGGGGUGUGGAGGGAGUGGAAAUUUCAAUGGUGUUCGUAAAAAGUAUGUCAUCCAGUUGGCCAUUCAAGUGAAUAACCUAUUUUUUAGUUUGAGUCGAUUCCCCUGCAAUUAAAGGUUGAUCUCUAAUUUUAAGAGUUACCUUAAUGUAUGCAUUUGUUGAAACCUAGGGACAGCUGACAUGUGCCUGUAUUCACUUUACAUGUUUAUUCCCCCUUCUCUCCUUCUGGAGAUGGUGACACAUGCUGAGCCAUUGUUCCAAGGGCGCUGGAAGCCCUCAGAUAUUACAGCCAAGCGUGUGAGCUUGUGCUUUGAAUGUUGGCAGGCUAUUUGCCCAUUGAGAGGGAUGUCACAAUGAGGCCAACUCUGGCCACACCCAUUGACCAGAAACAGAUUUUCCAGGAGGAGUCACUGGAUAGUAACCAAGAGCAGGAAUCCUGGCCAUUUGCCCCUAUCCAACAACGAUGUUCAAAUUCAUACGUUCUUCUAAUUUUGGGUUUAAGAAUGACCAGAAAGAUGAAUCAUAUUAGAUUGGAUUCCUCAUUCUGCCUUCCUUUUAAGUACCGCCACUCCGUUUUUGAACCUUACUUAUUAUUCUGUUCUCUAACUAGUCCAUACCAUUCAAAACGUCCCCACUAAAUAAAGAACCAGUACAGUUCAAACCAAGUUUUCUCUGCAGUAUAUGUGCAUUUUAAUUGUUUCUCACCUUGUGAGGAUUGCCUUCUAAGGUGUGUCUAAGAGAAAUCAUUCACCACAAAUAAAGUAUGAUAUUUUAUUUUACUAUUCCAUAAUCAAUAACCAUGGCUCUGUUGUGUAUUAUACCUGAAUUCUGGCCAAGUUACCACAAAUCCCAUGCAAUACUGAUGUGCUAUUGAAGCAACUAAAUUUUGAUAUUGCAAUAAGUAAUUGAUUUCAAAUCAGUCUGAAGAUGGGUCCCGACCCAAAACGGCAUCUACCCAUGUUCUCCAGGGAAGAUUUGAUCUGCUGAGUUACUACAGCAUUUUGUGGCUUUCCUUGGUAAACCAGCAUCUGCAGCUCCUUGUUUCUAAAUGUUGAUAUUAUUAAUCAAUGGUAACAUAUUAUCCACAGUUCUCAUCAUGAUGUGAUGAACAGUGGACAGGCUCGAUAGGUUUAGAUUAUAAAAAUCUAGUGUAUUUUGUUUUUGGUUGUCUGGUCUGUCUGAAUCUCAUUGUGCUUGUAAUUACCAAUUAAGAACAGACUUGCCUUAGUGUAAGUUGUAUAAAUCGUAAUUGAAUGUAUGCUUAUCUGGCCCAAGAUUAUUUCCAGCAAAUCACGUAGAAACAAUAUUUGCAAAUUUGGUGAACUGUAGCUAUAAUUAUCACAAUAUUUUUUAAACUGCAUGUUGAUAUAUUUGGGAUUUGAUUUGAAGCCUUGGGAAUGAAGGGCAAGAGAUAGAAUAUUGUUGUUAAGAUAAAAGAAAAGGAAAAUUGAUUUAAAAAAAACUAUAAACAUGGUAAGGGACAAAUAGCAAAGUGAAUGAUGUAAGUGAAAGAAAAGUGAUGAAAAAAAGUGAGCCAUAUUCACUGAAAAACAUCAAAGGUGAACACAAUGUUCCAGGUAAAGGGUGGCAUUUAAAUCAUGUACUGUAGAUAUUAACAGCAAAAGGGAAGGAAGAAAUAAAUGACUUUUUGAAGUAUAAUAAUAUAUUUUCAGAUAGGAGGGAUAACAAGUGACAGAGACCUUAUUGCAAUUAGUUCAGUUUGUGUUUCUCCGUGUACAUCCGUUAUUUUUUUAAACCCAUUUCCAGAACUGAAAGGAAGAUGGUACAGGAUUGAUUGCUCAUACAUUCUCUUGUGCAAUGUUCCAAUCUAGAUGUAAUUGAUUUCCCACUGAAUAAAUAUUGGAUGACUCCUGCACAUACCAGUUAAUGCAUCGUUACAUUCAUUAACACUGAGAUCCCAAAGCCCAGGAAAUCAAAGAGGAAGUAUCUUCCAAAGUUCUGCAAUCAACCUUAUUGUGGACUCUGGUUAAUAUAUAUGCAUUAGCAUUGGCUUCGAAAGCUAAGUAUAGUACAGGAAGAACAAUUCCAAUGUUGAAUAUGAAUCAAACCUUACAAUGGACUGUUAUGAUAACAUGAUUUUGUAUGUUGUCAUGUAGAUGGAUGAAUAAUAGCCAAACAUUUUAAAAAUCUGAUGUAAACUAGAGAUUACUAAUACUUAACAAAUGCAAAUUUCUGGUAUUAUCAGUGUUUAAUAAACUUUAUCCAUUUUUACUUGUUUAUCUGUCAAUGUAAUGUGCAAAUAAUGUUGCCUUUGUAAAAUAUUUUAUAGGUAUUAGUUAUUAUUACUAUUGAUGUGAUUGGAAGUUGAAAAUUAAUUGAUUAUUUGGAACAAUAAACCUGAUCCCCUUAUCUCCUUCAAGGUAUUGGUACUUGAUGGUUAAACUAAUUAUUUUGCCAUUGGUUGUAAUUUGUGUACAUUAAUUCAAUAAAGAAAAUAAGACUUGAAA